AUGGAAACGGCGGCCGGCGUGCGUCAAAGGCGCCGGAGACGUGUGCUCGAUGAGGAUCGGAAAAGGGCACCUCGAGCAUGCACUCGUUGCAAAGCGCGUAAGAGCAAAUGCAUAGAAACACCACAUGGAGUAUGCCAGAGGUGCCAACAGCAAUCACUGCCAUGUCACUUUGAGCGCACACGAAGCCCUCCAGCUACUAUUGAUCCAGACAUCUUGAGUGAUGGCCAAACUAGCCCUAUCGCAACGUUUGAAACCGAUGGACCAACAGCUCCAUCGCAUGGCUUCAUGUGGCCCCGAUUCCUCUCCAAAUUGCGCGAAACCUUUUCGCUUGUCCCUAGUUCCCGUCCAGAAUCCGAAUCUCGAGUAAAUCCACAAUAUAAACCUCCCACCCAUCACCUUCAACCUGAGCAGGCCCGAAGACUCCAAAAGGCUGUGGAUGCCUUCCCUCCACGGCCCAUUGCAGAUUUCCUACUUUCUGUGUGCAAUGAGCAUGGCACUGAUGCAUUUUUCUACUUCGACCAAGCCCAGAUGAUCAAGGAUAUCGAAAAUUUCUAUACGUCUGAAGACUCUCAUUUGCGACAAGAUGUCGGUUUCGUCUGCCUGGCGCACGCCGCAUUCGCGUUGGGGAGUCAAUGGGCCACGCUGGUUCGGCCCCAAUCAUCACACCCAAACCCCCUUGAUAACGAUGGAGACCCAGGGCGUAUCUUCUACCACCAGGCUCGUUCCCUGAUCCCUGAGAUUAUCGAGCUCAAUGUAAUUCGUGCAGUGCAAGCAUCGUAUCUGAUCGGAGUCUAUCUACUUCCCGCCAGCGCUAUUGGGUCAUCAUAUAUUUACCUUGGGCUUGCAUUGAGAAAGGCUCUCGCGCUGGACUUGCAUUUGAAAUCAGAAGACAUUGUUGCCGACGCGACAGAAAGGGAAAUACGCUGUAGACUGUGGUGGGCUAUCUAUUCUCUAGAAAGGCAAGACAACGGACCUUUUACACUGAACAGGCCUCGAUCCAUCGAUGCAUCAGCCAUUACUGCAGAUUUGCCGACGACUUCUCCAUCUUUGGAUGAUCGACAGGUCUUCAACAACAUCGAUCAUCAGAUCGCAAAUGCACAGUUGACCAAAAUCAUCGACCUUGUCGAAGAACCGAUAGCGUCACAAAGUCUGCUUCUUCGAAUCGACAGAGAACUUAAGUCAUGGAAACAAGCACUACCUCCAAGUUUACGGUUACAGAACAUCGACCCCAAAUCUUCAAGCUAUCGUGCUGCAUUCCACUUGUAUCUCAAUUAUUAUUUUACAUGGAUAUCGAUGGGCAAAGUCAGCGUUGUCGCCAUUGUUAGGGCGCAUCUCAGGAAGCACCUCGCGCAGGACAACCAACCUAUAGAACUGUCAGAGCAUGCGCACUACUUAUCGCAAACAUGCAUCAAAGCAGCCAGGAAGAUUCUUCAUCUUCUAGAAGACGUCCGACGCACGGGAAACCUGACACGAUUUUCAUUCACGGAUUUCCAAGGUUGUAGCAUAGCAACCACAGUAAUUCUUUUGGCGGGAAUACUGGAACGGGACGCUAGUUACGAGAGACUCGUAGUGUUUGGGCUGGACAGCCUGCGAAAGAUGGCCGAGGGCAACGCAACCGCCACGGCUGGUGUCGGGUUUGUCGAAGCACUACAGUCCAUUGCUGACGAGGCAGUGGAGAAGAUGAAUCAAACCGAAACGCUUCCACCUGCAACAAAUUUUGGAUCGCGAGAAUCGGACUACAAUACUUGGGCACAGUGGCUGGCGCAACAGUCCGGACAAGUGGAUGAAUCGGUCGAUUCUCUCCAUCAACGAACAUUUGAAGCCGAAGAGCCGAUCCAAACGCAUGGUUCUGCGCUCUCGCCGGAGUCAUCAACUGCGUUCACUAGGUGGGAUGGAGCUACCGCCCUGCAGCAGCUUUCAGAACCAGCAUAUACGGCCACAAUGCUCAGCGUUCAAGAUCAAACCACGCCAACUCCGUUGUCUCACUUUGAUGGUUCGUACUCUUCGAUCCAAUUUAAUCAAGAUCCCACGUUCCUCAUGGGUCUCACUGGUAUUGAUAUGCUGGGUUUUGAUUUUCAGCCAUAAGACUGCUGUGUCUCCAUAGGAGAUCGUCAUACAA